AUGUCCGCUGCUGAGCUCGACCUCGAUCAGCUCUCUCCCAGCGAGAGAACGGCAUUGGAUACAUACACCUCUGUCACAGGUCAAGAGCUAGCAGAGGCCAUUCCGCUUCUGCGCCGGUCACAAUGGAAUGUCCAGAUAGCUAUCUCCAAAUUUUUUGACGGCGAGGGGCCUGACCCGGUCGAAGAGGCUCGAGAAGCAAUGCAAUCCCCUCCACCUCGUGCGGAACGUCGAACCCAGAAUCUGAUGUCCGAUGAUCUUACCGAGGGAUUCUUGCCCGUUGCUCGCUCCGCAGACCCGGCCCCGCGAGUCGAUACACAACCCGAAGAACAACUAGUCUAUCGCCCUCCCUUCAUCCUCGCCCUCCUUUUUACCCCCUUUAACCUUGUCUACCGACUGCUCUGCAGCUCAUUCCGUCUUUUCGGGACGCUGUUUCCCUUCCUCCCGCGGCUGUUCAAUGCAACCGCGAAUCCAGCCUUACAGGGCGCACGGAAUACCACGGGUCGUCGACCACUCGGCCCUAAAGAUACAGCAGCUCGUUUCAUCCGCGAGUUUGAUGAGGAGUAUGGAUCGCACUCGGUGCCAUUUUUGGAAAAUGGAUACAACAUGGCCUUGGAGAAGGCCCACCGGGAUUUGAAGUUCUUGUUGGUGAUUCUCACGUCGCCCGAGCACGACGAUACGAAUGGCUGGGUGCGGGAUACCCUGCUGGCGCCGGAAGUCGUGGAGUUCCUCAAUGACCCGCAAAACAACCUUCUGGUGUGGGGCGGCAACGUACGGGACUCUGAGGCAUAUCAGGUGGCCAACUCACUACGCUGCACAAAGUUCCCCUUUGUCGCCUUGACCGUUCACACACCGAAUGUCUCAUCGACCGCCAUGUCGGUGGUGGGCCGCAUUGCAGGCACCACUGCGCCGUCGGAGUUUGUUAACCGACUCCGCACAGCCAUUUUAACGAAUCAGGAACCGCUGGAGCGCAUUCGUGCGACGCGUGCCGAGCAGCAGGCAUCUCGUAGCUUGCGUGAACAGCAAGAUUCGGCCUACGAGCGGUCGCUGGCGAUCGACCGGGAACGGGCUCGCCAACGCCGGGAAGCGGAAGCUGCCCGACAGAGGGAAGAGCAGGAGGCGGCGGAACGCCAAGCAGCCGAGGAGAAAAAGAAGCGGGAUUUGGCACAGUGGAGGUUUUGGCGUGCACAGUCCCUCGGCGUGGAGCCCGGUAACGAUGUCAAGGAUGCCGUGCGUGUUAGCGUGCGAUUGCCAUCUGGCGAGCGCAUCAUGCGGCGAUUUGCGCCCGAGGCUGACAUCGAGGAGCUCUACGCGGUAGUGGAAUGCUACGAGAUUCUACAAGAUGAGGCACGGCCCACGGAUGUUAGCAAACCCGCGGGGUUCCAGCAUCAGUACGGUUUCCGAUUGGUGUCACCCAUGCCGCGCGCGGUGUAUGCGGUUGAAGAAGGCGGUACGAUCCAGGACAAGAUCGGACGGGGAGGCAAUCUGUUGGUGGAGCCGAUUGAAGAAGAGGAAGACGAAGACGAAGACGAAGACGAAGAAGUGUCAUGA